GUUCAAUAGGAUUAAUUCCAUCCCGCUCCAAUUGAACCCUCCGCUCGACACAACAACCACACCCUCCAUCAUUAAAUCCAUAGAUCUCUACAACUCCCCCCUUGGCCUCUACUCCGAUCAAUCCUCCGUACCUGAAGCAAUCCGAAUCUCCCACCUCAACCGCACCCCUCCACCAGAACAAUCAAUCAAUGCUUCUCCGCACCACCCGCCUCCCAGGCCUCCGACGACCUACCAGCUGCAGCCGCCAGUUCUUCUCAACCACCACCGUCAAAAUGACCUCCAACACCCCAGUCGAAGACCUCAUUCGCGAAAAGUUAACAACAGCCUUCACGCCCACCACCCUCCUCAUCCGCAACGACUCGCACAAACACGCCCACCACGCGCCCAUGCGCGACUCCACGUCCAAGGAAACCCAUUUCCACGUAACAAUCACCUCCUCGUCUUUCGCCUCGAAACCCCAACCCGCGCGACACCGGAUGGUCUACAGCUUGUUAAAGGAGGAGAUGAGUCGGGAGGGCGGGAUCCAUGCGCUGCAGUUGCGGACGAAGACGCCGGAGGAGGAGGGGCGGGAGCGGGAGAGGGCGGCGCAGUAACUUUUCUAUCAGCAUCAUCGUUUAUGAAUAUACAUCAUUGGGACGGUUCAAUUUCGGAGGUAGGUAGGUUGGCGGGAGGAGGUCUCGCAAUACAUAAUUGUAGUAUACACAUAUUCUCGCAUCCUGGACAUAUAUGCAUGAAUAGUUGAUCGCUCAACAAAUCUACAACAGCCAAAUAAAUCAUC